UUUAAAGUUGACAUCAAUAUUUAUCUGAACCAUUGUGUAAAGAAAUCCUCACAGUUGUUUGCUUUUAUGUGGCAUAGUCGGCUCGUAGACCAUAUGAUAAUUAUUUUUAAUAAAUUAACGAAUAAUAUUUUAAGGAUAAUUAUUAAAUUCGGCAUAAAACCGAUAAUAAUUGAUCUUAUACUACAAAGAUAAGAUAAGCCACGAAAACAGUUUUUGGCACUUGUGCACACUUGUCUAGAGCCGACACUGCUCGAGCACUAAUUCUUCAAACAAACCUUAACAUAUUUGUUUUACUUUUCUGACAGAAUCAUUUUUAAAAGCACAAUGGAAGAGCAGCAACAGUCGCCGGCUGAAAACCCUGAAAGUCCCGACGAAGUGAAACCAAAAGUUGAAGAAAGUGUCGCCAAUGUGUCAGUGAUUACGAGGCAGCUAACAGCCGACGGAACCAUAGAAAGUAACAUAGAGAUCGUCAAUGAGGAAGUGGUGAAAUCUUCCAACUCUUCGCCACAAGAACCUCCAGAAAGUAACGAAGAUCAGGUCGCAGCAGAGAAUAUUAAGUACGAGGAACACGUCAUGCAAGACUUAGACAGUUACAAUUCAGAAAGGUUCGCUGGAAACACCGUGGUGACUUUGGUUGGCAAUUCUGAAACCAUCAAUGAAUUACCAACAAAUGUUUACGUGAAUUUGGAAAGUGUCAACGGAAAUAUGGAUUACAGUGCGAAUUAUAUCAUUCCAAACAAUUACGAUGAAUACAGUAUCGAGAAUUCUUCAUCGCCGCAAGCUUCGUACUUGUUAAAUAGAGAUCCAAACAUGGCUGCAGCUUCAAUCAGAUAUUGUACUGAACCUGAAGGUCCAUAUGCAGGUGGUGCUGUAGUGCAAAACCCAGGUGGCCACAUCGCGCAAUACAGCGGUCAGCAAAACUACCACAUCAGCUACGCUCAGAACUGGACUCCUCAGUCGCAGUCAGCUUCAGUUUACAACGGUCCGGCUCAGAUGCUGGCGCAAGCCGACAGCACGCAGUUCAACGGUUACGCCAACGGCGGCGGAAGCAGUGGCGGCCUAAACGAGGGGGCAGGGACAUCGUCAAACCCACAGGAAUUAAUAUCACCAAAUAGCAACAGAAGAAGUGGAGUAAAUUGUGCGAAUUGUAAGACCACAAAUACAACGUUGUGGAGAAGAAAUAAUCAAGGGGAACCAGUAUGUAACGCAUGUGGACUUUACUUCAAACUUCACGGGGUUGUAAGGCCACUAAGUAUGAAGAAGGAGGGCAUCCAAACAAGAAAAAGGAGACCAAAGAAUACCUCCAGCUCUGGGCCGAGCUCUUCUAUAGUUCACCAUUCUUCUAGGCUGGGCACACCCGCACAACACUACACAUCUCCAUAUCCUUUACCUACAGAGAUACAAGAUGGAUACGAAUUACCCCAUCCAAUGAAUUAUUAUAAUAGGGUAAAUACUCAAAGCGAGUCAUAUUUACGUGUUACUCCGCAUGAAGAGGACUCUUCUGUUAUAACUUCGACUUCUCACCACCAAAACUACCAGGAUCAAAUGGACGAAGAAGAUGGACAAUGACCAAUAAAAACAUCGAAAUAAAAGUCAGCACCUGAUAAUUUUUGUAAAAAUUUCUUAGGUUAGCAAAACAUUUUUUAAAUUAUACAUUUUAAGUUAAAAUUGAAAUUGGUGAUAAGACUAAAAAUGUACUUUAAGUUUGAUUUUCAAGACUAUGUGUUUUUUAUUUUAACAAAAACUAAAAUAGCUCGAAAAUAAUUAUUGAUCUCGUUUGCCAUUUUUUAAUAAAUAGCGUUGAAUAAACUUUAAAGUUUAUUUGACUAAAUAGUCAAUAACAAUAAGUAAAAAUAUAAAAAACGUAUUUUUUUCUUUAAAAUGUUGUUUUGAAUAUUGAAUAAUUAAGUUUUUAUAAAUUGUAUGUCUAGUCAUACCUACUUUUAUUAUUUUACUAGUUUUAUAUUUUAAAUGUUAAAUAGGUUUUAAUAUUAUUUAUUGUAACUAUUUCUUUUAAUUUAUGGUGGGUUUCACGAAAUGUUACAAGAAUAGAUUACAACUGAAUGUUACAAGAAAAUAUUUUAAGAAUUAUAUAUGUUAAUAUGCCUUGAAUCAAGGCGCUUGAUGAGCCCUUGAUGAACAUAUCUUCUGAUUUAUUUUAUGCUUAAAAUAAUUUUUGAAAACUUCAAAUAUGUUAAAAUCAAAAUUUGUAUAAUAUUUCAAGUUAGUAGGUAGGUACAAAUAUUCAGAAUUUUCCUUGUAUUUAUUUUGUUAAAAAUAAGAUACUGUUUUAGGAUUAAUUUAAAUAAUAACUUAUAAGUUAACUUUUAAAUGAAUAUCCAACAUCUGUUCUAUGUUAUGUUUAAUAUUCUUUUAUUUUUUAUUGUUUGAAAAUCCUUUUUCUGAUACUAAUACAAUCGCCUAUAAUUUCCUCUCUCGUACUCCUUUUAAUUUUUUAUUGUAAUAUUCGCUUGUAAUGUUCUUGUAAUAUUUAUUGAAACGGGCCCUUAGUAUUUAUACAUAGUUUUUACACGUAUAAUAAUAUAAGUAUAUCUUUGUAGAUACCUUAGUUUAAAUAAAUUUAUUUGAAAUAAAUAUUUUAUCUUUAA